AUGGCCUUCCGCAACGGGUCCUUCGCGACCUUUCUCAUCGUCUGCCCAACGGCCUUCUUCCUGGGAAUCAUCUUCUCCCUCCUCCCCUACGACUACCCAAUUCUCUGGUCCAACCACCCCACCCCACCCACCCACUACGACUACUUCGAAGCCCACCUCCGCUUCCUGCACGCCUCGCCCCCCCUAAUCCCCCGCAUCCUCCACAUCGUCAUCUUCCUCGGCCUCCUCGGCCUAAUCCUCAAGCUCUACAAGCCCUCCGAAUCAAACAUGCUCUUCGACGGCGCGUCGCUGGUUCUCUACAUGUGCGGAAUCACCGUCUACAUUGCCAAUAUCGUUAAGGGGUUGAGGUUGGUCAGCGCGGGCAAGUAUGGGGAGGAUUUGGCUACGAGUGAAGAGGAUAAGGGGCAGAUUUUGGGACGGGAGGAUUCGUUGAAGGUGCUUGCGGCUAGCAAUACUAUUCUUGCGUUGGUUUUGAUUGGGGUUUUGGUUUUGCAGGCGGGGCAGUGGUAUGCGGAGCGGAAGGAUGCGCAGGAGGUGGAGGAUAUGGAUGGGAAGAAGGGGGGUUCUUCUUCUUCUUCUUCUUCUGCUGCUGGGGUGGAGGCUGAGGGGGUUAGUUCGGGGGUUAAGGGGAAGGGCGGGGCUAAGAAGAGGAAUUGA